AAUGUUUUCCGAACAGAAUCCUUAGCACAAAUUGCCACUGGCAAGUUGCCUUUGCGUCUAGAUAGAGCCAUAGUAAUGUCUGAAGUUUCCACAGCAAGAUAUCGUACACUCUAAGUUAAAGCUGUAAUGGCUCUCCAGAUCAUCAUUUUGCUCGUAGCACUAGUUUUGCUGGAUGACAAAGUUUGUGCAACCUGUUCAGUAGGAACUUUUAACAAGAGGCAAUUCUCUUCUCCGGUUUUGAAUAAGACCCUACAAGGCUCAACAAUAUCUUCUCUCACGGUGAAAGAUGAAAAAGAUUGUGAGAAAUCCUGUCAUAUGGAAAUGCGAGACAACUGUUUCAAGUUCAACUACUGCCAUGAUAGCAAGCUAUGUCAAUUGAUGUACAAAGGACAAGCUGGGCAAUACAAGGUUGUUGACUCGCGGGGGUGUUACUAUAGGACACGUGAGUGUGAGCCUACGAGCUCUGCUUCGUGCUUAAACAGCAUUAAAUGCUUCAUGAUUGCUGACAGGAAAGACGCGUGCUCUUGUCCUCCCCCAUUGAACAUCACAUCGUGCUCACAAGAAGGAUGGAUUAAAGUCAAUGCCAAUCCAGUUUGUCUCCAAGCUAAGAACAACGGAUGCGGAAACUUUACCAUUCCAUACAAGGGUGUUCUCAUAGGYCUAAAAUUGGUCCACAUCUCAGGAAAGGUGUUAACAARUGGUUCUCAAUGGGGUUAUUGGGGUGGCACAGGGCCUCAGGCAGAAAUCAUAGAAAUCUUUCUAACAACCUCAACCAACGAAACGAUUUCUCCUCCAAAGGAUUACCCAAUGAUUAGUGCAAGUUCUUAUCUUAUAAAUGCCGUAAAAAAUGUAUCUCCUCAGAUUGAGCUUCCCGGUUUUUCGCACAAUGUCCAAAAGGGAUCAAAUUUGAGCGUGUGGUUUGGAGAAGACUUAUUCGAUUCGAAUGAGAAUGAUAACAUGGGAACGGUUUGCUCCGAUGUGUUUGUACAAUAUAGGACCUGGUAAAACCAACUAUCAAAGUGCUAACUGAGACACUAUUUGUUUGUCUUAUUGAAUACAAUGCGUUGUUGCUAUUUGGGCUAAGUGGGUCUGUUGUCAUAGUAAUACAAAAAUAUAAAGAAAUAUUUCUU